AUUUAAUUUUACAGAAUUUGGAUAGCAGUCAGUAUCAUUUUGGACUUCACAAACCAGUAGAAUAAAUACCUUAGGAAUAUAACAUUUCAGUAGCAUGCUGAUACCAAUGUUUAAACUAUGGAUACAUAUUUGAAUUCCAAAGCUUUCUUCAGAUAAUGUGAUUAGAGAUUCAACCAGGAAUAGACACGAAAAGAAAACUUUGCCCAAAUAAGCUUUUUGGUAUUUCAUAAGCGAGAGAUUUAAAGUUUUCCAUUUAAUAAGCAAUUGAUGUGAAUUUUAUGACAAUAAAAAUGCAAGGCGAUAUUGAACCAUCUCCGCUCUUAGAAUUCUAAAUACUGUAUAGUUCAUGCCCCUCACAAGACACUCAACAUGUGGGUCACUGACGAGACAGUGUGGCAAUAUUAUUUUCCCUGUAAUGUACCAAGUCUUGCCAAAGCAGUGAACAACAUUAUGACACAACGUUUUGUCAGAGCUGGCUUCCAACAGGACAGUGCCAGCCAAUUCAGGCCCAGUCCUUUCUGUGUUUAUUCCUGUCUUUCCCAAAUAUUUGGAAACUGAUGUCUUAACUGAUGGGUGUAUUCACAGAUUCUGUUACUUCAAGUCUUUUUCUUUUAACGGAUUGAUCUUUUGCUAGAUAUAGACAAAAUAUCAGUGUGAAUUACAGCAAACCCCUAUUCCAUGCUGUUAUGGGUGAAACUCUGGGAGAUUCUCCACUUGACCCAGAAAGCGAUUCCUUCACUGAUACACUGUCUGCAAACAUAUCACAAGAAAUUACCAUGGUUGACACAGAGAUGCCAUUCUGGCCCACCAACUUUGGGAUCAGCUCUGUGGAUCUCUCCGUAAUGGACGACCACUCCCACUCCUUUGACAUCAAGCCCUUCACUACUGUUGACUUCUCCAGCAUUUCUACUCCACACUAUGAAGACAUUCCAUUCACAAGAGCAGAUCCGAUGGUUGCAGAUUAUAAGUAUGACCUGAAACUUCAAGAGUACCAAAGUGCAAUCAAAGUGGAACCUGCAUCUCCACCUUAUUAUUCUGAGAAGACUCAGCUCUACAGUAAGCCUCAUGAAGAGGCUUCCAACUCCCUCAUGGCAAUCGAAUGUCGUGUCUGUGGAGAUAAAGCUUCUGGGUUCCACUAUGGAGUUCAUGCUUGUGAAGGAUGCAAGGGUUUCUUCCGGAGGACAAUCAGAUUGAAGCUUAUCUAUGACAGGUGUGACCUUAACUGUCGGAUCCACAAAAAAAGUAGAAAUAAAUGUCAGUACUGUCGGUUUCAGAAAUGCCUUGCAGUAGGGAUGUCUCAUAAUGCCAUCAGGUUUGGGCGGAUGCCACAGGCCGAGAAGGAGAAGCUGUUGGCGGAGAUCUCCAGUGAUAUCGACCAGCUGAACCCAGAGUCUGCUGACCUCCGGGCCCUGGCAAAACAUUUGUAUGACUCAUACAUAAAGUCCUUCCCGCUGACCAAAGCAAAGGCGAGGGCGAUCUUGACAGGAAAGACAACAGACAAAUCACCAUUCGUUAUCUAUGACAUGAAUUCCUUAAUGAUGGGAGAAGAUAAGAUCAAGUUCAAACACAUCACCCCGCUGCAGGAGCAGAGCAAAGAGGUGGCCAUCCGCAUCUUUCAGGGCUGCCAGUUCCGCUCUGUGGAGGCUGUGCAGGAGAUCACAGAGUAUGCCAAAAGCAUUCCUGGUUUUGUAAACCUUGACUUGAACGACCAAGUAACUCUCCUUAAAUACGGAGUCCACGAGAUCAUUUACACAAUGCUGGCCUCCUUGAUGAAUAAAGAUGGGGUUCUCAUAUCCGAGGGCCAGGGCUUCAUGACAAGGGAGUUUCUAAAGAGCCUGCGAAAGCCUUUUGGUGACUUUAUGGAGCCCAAGUUUGAGUUUGCUGUGAAGUUCAAUGCACUGGAAUUAGAUGACAGUGACUUGGCAAUAUUUAUUGCUGUGAUUAUUCUCAGUGGAGACCGCCCAGGUUUGCUGAAUGUGAAGCCCAUUGAAGACAUACAAGACAACCUGCUACAAGCCCUGGAGCUCCAGCUGAAGCUGAACCACCCUGAGUCCUCUCAGCUAUUUGCCAAGCUGCUCCAGAAAAUGACAGACCUCAGACAGAUUGUCACAGAACACGUGCAGCUCCUGCAGGUGAUCAAGAAGACAGAGACGGACAUGAGUCUGCACCCCCUCCUGCAGGAGAUCUACAAGGACUUGUACUAGCAGAGUCCUGAGCCACUGCCAACAUUUCCCUUCUUCUAGUUGCACUAUUCUGAGGGAAAAUCUGACACCUAAGAAAUUUACUGUGAAAAAGCAUUUUAAAAAGAAAAGGUUUUAGAAUAUGAUCUAUUUUAUGCAUAUUGUUUAUAAAGACACAUUUACAAUUUACUUUUAAUAUUAAAAAUUAUCAUAU